CGUGCAGGACGCACCGAGGCGGUUUGUCUACAUACGGCGGACGUUGGUUCAUUGUGUUUCUCCUCGGCGCUGUGUUGAGCUGUGAAAGGGCGAAGAGAGGGACCAAUCGAGGCUAGGGCGUAUUUUUUUAAACUAUAUUCUGUUGAAAGUUUAGCACUAUCGGGGCAGCAUAAUGGCCGAUAAGAUGGAUAUGUCUCUAGACGACAUUAUCAAGCAGAACAGGCAGCAGCGAGGCGGAGGCCGCGGAGGAAGAGGUCGAGGCCGCGGAGGCUCAGGCGGCGGCCGAGGCGGCGGAGGAGGCGCUGGGCGUCUUGGAGUCAGCGGCGGAGGAGGAGGAGGAUUUGGAGGCCGAGGCGGCGGAUCCGGCCCCAUGAGGAGCCGACAGAACCUGAACCGCGGUAGAGGCAGACCAACGCCUUACAGCAGGCCUAAACAGCUUCCCGAUAAGUGGCAGCAUGACAUGUUUGACAACGGCUUCAGCGGCUUCAAUGGCGCUGCUGGGGGCGGCGGAGGAGCCGGUGUGGAAACUGGAGGGAAGCUCCUCGUCUCCAAUCUCGACUUUGGGGUGUCAGAUGCAGACAUUCAGGAACUCUUUGCUGAAUUUGGGACUCUGAAGAAGGCUGCAGUUCAUUACGACCGGUCGGGGAGAAGCCUGGGAACUGCAGACGUCCACUUCGAAAGGAGGGCAGACGCUCUGAAGGCCAUGAAACAGUACAACGGAAUCCCACUCGAUGGGCGACCUAUGAACAUACAACUCGUCACAUCACAGAUCGACACACAGAGGCGACCUAUGCAAGGUCUGAACAGAGGUGGUGGAGGCAUGAACAGAAAUCGUGGCGGCGGCUUCGGAGGCAUGCAGAGAGGACGUGGCGGACGUGGUGCAGGCGGUGCCAGAGGAAGGGGUCGAGGUGGCCGAGGAGGCGGUGGCACUAGUAAGCAGCAGCUGUCAGCAGAGGAACUCGACGCCCAGUUAGACGCCUACAAUGCCAGGAUGGACACCAGCUAAGAAAUGAAGCUCCUCCGAGUUGUCGUCCCUUCUUGUCUGCACAGAAGGGUUGUUGUUACAAAUGUGCAGAAUAUUUUACACUUGGUUGUCUUCUGAUGUGAUUGAGAUUAUUGUCCUAAAUUCUUCUUUUAAAUGCUCCGAAGUGUUUUUUACCAGUAUUUUUUUUCUUCCCCUUUUUCUGAUGAAAAUGGUUUUGGCUGUAGGUAAAUGUGGACUGGUGUUUUCCCAGUUCUUUCCUCUACCCUGUAGUUAAUGAACUUGUAAUAAAACCUGCAGUGCAUAUUAACCAAA